AUGCCAUCAAGUAAUGAGGUGCCGAAAAUCGUGUUGGAUCACAAAGACGUACAGUGCAGCAAAUCUUUGUCCUGGCUAUUGCGGCACGGGGCUAUUAAGGAAGGAUUCCAAAUAAGCCCAGAUGGUUACCUUUCAGUGGACGAAGUACUGAAACACAAGGCUUUCCGUGGCAAGUACAAGCGAGCAGACAUCGAGAGGGUUGUACAGAGCAACGACAAGCAGCGCUUCAAGUUGAGGGUCAACCCAGACACUAAUGUCUUGGAGAUCCGAGCCAAUCAGGGACACUCUAUAACUGAAGUGUCCGAGUCUAUAUUAACUCCGAUUCUUGAGAUGUCGGGCAAGGUGACUAAGGAACACUUAGUCUUGGUAACUGAUAGCAUUCCCUAA